GGAAAACCGCAGACCGUUUGCAUUGGUCAAUCGACAGCAACAGUCGCUAGCUUUUUUUUGUUUGUGUUUGUUUUGGAAGCAGGACGAGUGGAAUUAUAAGGAGCUCAUUUAGUACACAAAAAGCAAAUCAUCUAAAAAAACUAAACGCCACUGAUUCGGAUUUAACCGUUAUCGACUUUAAGCACUUUUGUACCAGCACUAAAACCGCAUAAAAAUAGCUGUACUUUCGUCUCGAAUCAUCUUUCUUCAAGCCACAAAUCAACAUUCUUUCUUUCUGUAGAACAAGGUCACGACCUUCAAAUAGAUUUCGAUUUUUCGCCAUAAAUUUGUUGUAUAUACAUCUUCUCUGUAGUCAUUCUACCCCCGCAGGUGGAAAAACGUCAUUUCUAAUUUAUCCAAAAUGAUGGUGAACAAAGACAAACACAGAGCCAAGAAGGGCUCUGCGCGCGGCACGUCGGCAGGUUUUCUCGCCGCAAGGGUUGCGUCGAUUACAGGCGGUGCUGCUGCUCUUCUUGCUUGCUGCGCUCAGUCGGCCGGUGCGGUAAGUCUGGCAAGCGGAGCUGCUAGUAGCGGAGCUGCUGAUGGAGACACUGCGAUGAUUACCCUGCGGCCGGAGGAGGACGAGGCGCGGUGGCCUGAUCCUAGCUUCGUUGAAGAUGUAGCGUUUUCGGAGUAUAGCGUGCUCAGGUGUUACAAUGAUCUCAACUGCUACAAUAGAAUGUGGAUUUUGUGUUGCCUGACGAGCAUGACAGAAUCGCAGAGCCCUCCGCCUUCUGCAAGACAAAUUUCGCCAGAUUAAUAAAAUUUUUGUGCGGGGGUUUGGGACUCCAGAACUUGUCUUGCGUAAUAUUCCUCUGAGAGUAAGAACCCAGGUGGCCGCGCACCGCUUGCAUCACAAUAAAGCUGCGCUUCUACUUGUUGUAAUGUCUGAGCAGAUUGUAUCACCUGAGCGGGUCAUACGCGGUACCUGGAGCUUCUGUCCCCGGAGGAGCUUGAUCGAGUAAUACCACGCUAUCUGCACUUGCGAAGCUUUUCUGCUAUCGAGACAGAGGGGAUCCUAAGUGGCCUCCCGAUGCAGUACCGUCCUCUCAGACCCUCACCUUCGACGACAGAUUCGUCCUUAUUUCGACACCUGCUUUUGCAAGAAUUGCUGGAGGACGGCGCUCCCGCGGAGGAGUGGACAUCUCAGCUCGUCAAGGAUCAUCUGCUUGUGAACCAGAGGCUUCAAGAGGUUCAUACCCGCAUAGACAAGGAGACGCGGUCCGGCAGACGAGUGGAGACGGACGUGGAGUUUGAGGUGCGGCGGGAGAGGGCGAAGCUUCUGAAAGAGGAUCGGUCUCACCUCCAGGAGAUGCUUGAGGCGAAGCUUUUGGACGAGGCCGCUGCCGUUGGAGGGGUGGUCCAGAACACGGUGCCACGGAACACGUUGCAGAGGCGCUCUAUAAUCGAUCAGGAACUGCGUUUUUUGGAGGACCGCCUCGCAGGUGAACUUGUGAGUGAGCAGGUGCUGGAAGAUUACAGGUCCAUCAGGGACAUUUGGAGGACAGGCCUUGGCGACGCGCUCGCAUCUGGUGGUGAGAAGGCCAGAGGCCUUGCCCCUCCCUGCCAGACCCCGGACGCGUGGAAGGAAUUCUUGCAUUAUAGGAAGGACGUCAGUCGGGCCUUCGUGAGUGCGGAAACCCUAGAAAAGAGGGUCCCGUCGAGGUACGAGGAAGCUGUGGGCAAUGCCAAUAUCAUUCGCUUGCGGCAGGUUUAUUUGACGUUCACCAGGCGGCUUCUCCACCUCAACACGGUGCGUCGCGUUAUGGACGCGGAGAGUAUCGGUGAUGACCUUCAGAAAGCCCUACAACAAGACAUAUCCGAGUUGGAGAUGAACACGUUUUUGCCCACUUCCCUUCGGGAGACGACGCAGGAGUUGAAAGACCGUCUCCAGACCCUUUCCGAGCCAGCGAAGCGAAUGGUGGUGGUGCAGCUUCUUGAUGUGCAAUUUCUCCUCCUUCGGCACCAGGAGACGUUUUUGACGGAGGAAUGGGUUGGUUGUCAAGGUCGAUGGAUCAAUCCUUUGUUCCCUGACUCUAGAAGGGUUUACGCGAUAGUCCCGGAUCGGAUUUCGGAGCGUGGUUUCAGGCGGGCGAUGUUGCAGAAGCGCCGGCUGGUGGACGAGAAGCUCCGUUUGGUGGAGCAAGAUCUCGGAAUGUGGACCCGGCCUGCGUCCCCGUCCCCGGAACGGACUGGUGGUCGUCGAGUACAAACUAUCAUCUACUCUGGAUAUGAUGGUACGACAAGCGUCGAAUACAGACAGCUAGACAUAUGCAUCGCGUCAAGAUAUUUAUCCCUGGAUCUGGAUGUGGUGCGAAAGAUUGUAAACUUUGUCAUGCAGGCUUUUCAUGCGCAUGCCCCAUGACCAUGAGGCCUGGAAUGCACGGCGUAGCGUGCUGACGAGUUCAGUGCUGAGGUCUUUUUUUUAUCCCACAGGGCAGCUCACCACAAGUUUUGACGUUGCCAGACUUCCAGGGAUAUUUGCAACUGAUGCAGCAGCCUUAAUGAAAGGAAGCGGGGCCGCAGCCAGAGUCGCAGCCGGAGUCGCAGCCAGAGUAGCAGCCAGAGUAGCAGCCAGAGUCGCAGCCGCAGUCCGUCGCAAUGUCGCUUGCGGCCGUGGACUGUUCCGGCGAACGGCGACGAUGGCCCGCCGGUGCAGCUAACGGUGCUUUAUUUUCUCAGCGGCGGCAAUGAGGCCGACGUUGCAUCCGAUAGGCGUCGAGUCGCAGGUAUGUCAACAAAGCUUGUUCCAGUCGUUUUCCCCCUUGAUUUGCUUCACGCUAGAGGACUCGUUUGAGGUCGAAACUUCGCUUCGCGAUAAUAGUUUGAGGUCGAAACUUCGCUUCGCGAUAGAGGAUUCGUGCCGGAUUGUAUUUGUAGCAUGGUAGCGGUCCGAUCACCACAGUCGGAGGUUGGCAUACUGCUUCUACUUGUUUUAUCAAAAUGACGCAGUGGCGUAUAAACGUGAACAAGCCGCGCGAGACGUUUUUUUAUCGGAACAGUCUAGACUUUUAUUUUGAUAAUAUUCGUUAGAGCAAGAUCAAAGCGGCCCGACCAAUCUUGUUCAGAAUAUCAAACCAAAAAACCUGUUUUUGUGAAACCUAUGGGCCCUCUUCGUGGCGUAGAGCAGAUGGUAUGAAGAUGCAGAUACUUUAGCGAAGUGCUUCACUUCUACCGGCGCCUCUAAAUGGAAUUAUUUGAAAGAAAAAUCAUAUGAAUCGAGUGGAUUUUCGCCGGUCGGUGAUGUAGAGUUGUUUCUACGUCGUUUGCCGAGAAGUGUUUCAAAACAGCUAUCGCCAGAAGUAUAUCAUUUCUAUUUUUAAACUAAUUCGGGGAUCGUGCCCGGAAUGUGGCUGGUAUUUUGAAAAAAAACUGUGUAUGAUUUAUUUAAGGAUAAUUUCAUACAGCAGCACGUAUGAUUUUACAAUACUUUAGAGCGCUCUUGAAGCUGCGAAUGUAGGACUACGUUACUUUGCUUGAUGUGGCUCCUCAUCGCAAAUCAAGCUAUCGAGAAGUAGGUGCAC